CCUUCAUACAAGUCUUAAGCUUCACUUUAAUUAAUAAACCUGUUUAUUUCUCCACUAUAACCCUGUCCUACACACACACUCAUACACACUCAUAUACAUACGGAUAACCAGACUCGGGUUCGGCAUGACUUUACGGGAGGAGGUGAGGAGUCGGCAGUUUUGGCGAAGCAUGCUGGCUGAGAUACUGGCCUCCUUGGUCUUUGUAUCGGCUGUCUUAGGCUCAUCACUGCCAGGAUCUGAAGGUCCCUCCCUUGGGCCUAUCUACCCAGCACUCGCAGCAGGAAUGGCAACGGUUGGUCUGGGACAUUGCUUUGGAGAAAUCAGUGGCGCCCAGGUAAACCCUGCUGUUACUCUGGCUUUACUGGCCACAAGGAGACUGGAUGUGCUGAGGGCAGUGGUGUAUGUUGUUGCCCAGUGCUUGGGGGCGAUUUUGGGGGCUGGAAUAUUUUACCUGGUUCUACCAUUAAAAUUCACAGCUGAGAUCUAUGUUAACAAGGUUCCUAUGGAGGUGAAUGCAGGGCAAGCCUUGGGGGCUGAGAUGCUUGCCACCUUCCAGCUGGCAUUCACUGUCUUUUCUGUAGAGGAUCAGCGCAGGAGAGAGGGGAGUGAACCUGGAAACAUAGCCAUUGGCUUCUCUGUUAGUGCUGGAAUUUUUAUUGCUGGAAAAAUCUCUGGAGGCUGCCUGAACCCUGCUCGCUCUUUAGGACCUGCAAUCAUAGCUGGGUACUGGGAACACCACUGGGUGUUCUGGAUUGGGCCAGUGUUGGGGGCAGUGUUGGCCGGUGUGUCUCACGAGUUCUUUUUCGCUCCGAGUGCAUCCAGACAGAAGCUAGUGGCGUGUCUCACCUGUAAAGACAUUGAGAUUGUGGAGACGGCCAGUGUGUCUCGCUCAUCUCUGUCCACUGUAACACAGACCGCCAUGAGGGCCAAGCAGACCAACAAACUCGAGCACAACUGAACUAAGAACACGUCUCCCACUUAUCUUUUUUUUUAUUUUCUUUCCUUUGGGAAAUGGUAUUAGGAUUAAGAAAUGACAUCAUAAUCUAGGGGUAGGCAAUAUGGCCUUUAAAUAUUUUAGGGCAUUUUUGAGAAACAUUUUUUAGUAAUUUCCAGCAUAUAUUACUGCAGAAAUAUAAAUAUUAAAGUUUGUUUAGUAUUAAUAUAACAGUUUCAAACAUUUAAUAGAAACAAAAAUAUCUGUAAUUGUCUAUUUUGUAAACAACAAUAACAAUUACACAAUACUGAUUAUUUUGUAUGAAAUAAAAAUAAAUAACAAAAAUGACAAUCUAACAUUAAUGAUGUAAUGUAGCAAAAACAUCUAUUAAAAUACUAAAGAGCAGAAUAUUGAGUGCUUGCAUAUAAACUUUAAACAUAAAUGAUUAUACAGAAAAUGCUUCACAAUAUAGUUUUUUAAUGAAAAUAUUACUGUCAGAAUAUACUAUGUACAAUAUAAUAUAGCAUACACUAUAAUCUAACAUUUAUGAAUCAAUAUACUGCUCAUUUUUAAAUCUAUUUUGUUGAGAUAAGAAUGGUGAGGGUGUAGGAUGAUUAUAACAGCUCAUCCCAUGCAAAAUAAUUAAAUGCAUAAUUAAUCAAUGCUGGGGGCUUUAUACCCCACAAGCCCAAGCCUAGCAUUAGAUUAGGCGUGUUGCCAAUAGGUUUAUUUAUGUUUACCUGCUCCAAACAGUUCUAUUGGCAAUACAUCUCUGCAGUGACUAAACAAGUUGUGUGGUUGUGUGCAUUUGCACGUGUCAUCAAUGAGUGCAGCUUACUUUAUUUAUUUAUUUAUUUAUUUAUUUAUUCAUGUAUGUAUGUAUGUAUGUAUGUAUUUACGUCUAUUUACUCAAUGUACAAAGUGUUUUUGCUUAUCUUUAUAACAUGUCUAUGUAAGGCUAUUCAUACCAUGCACAAUUUAAUGAACUAACUGGAUGCUUAAAUACUUUAAACUGGUUAAAGAUCCUAAUAGAUUAACCCUUUGCAGAAGGUCCUAUGUAGCACCUUUCGAAAAAUGGUUCUAUACUGUACCAAAAACAUUCCUUUUAUUAUCAAUUUGCUUUUUAAGUGCAAUAUAGAAUCAUUUUGGACCGUAAAUCAGUGUUCAAAUAUUGUUUUUAAAAUUAAAGGAUUAUAUUGAUA